GAGCUCAUACACAAACAAUCCUGCACCUCUGGGAGCUCAGACGUGCCAGAAGGAUAUUCCACUCCUCUCGGGCUCCCAACGACCUUUCGCCCUGGCGGAGCAAGCUGCCCACAAAGGUCUCACAGCUGUAUACCAGGUGGUGCGCAAAUUGGCAGAGCUACAGAGUGCCCUGCUGCACCUGCCACAAGGCAAAGCACUUCCACCCUGGGUUGUAUGGUGCGACAACAUGCAGAAUCCUAUGCUGCGACCCUACGUCUACGACCUAGCAUGUCGGUUUCCUCAGUUCGCAUACGUCAGCAUGCGAUCCGUGGAGGACAAAAAUAUAAUCUUCAUAGAAGAAGAGAAGGACAUAAAGCAGGUCAUUGCCGCGGAGGUCGACGCGGACUUAAUCGAUCUCAUUCUUCACAUCCACAGGCACUCCAAGCUUCUCAUUGACCACAAGGAUGCAGUUGUGAUGUUCUUUCGUCCGGCAUCCCGCAUGAGCAUCAUACCUCUCCUUGCCAAGAAGAGCGAACAUUGGCACGAGCUCAAGGCUCAGAAAGAUGCGGAACUCUCCUUGGCCCUUCGAACCUUCCUGUUCCGCUCCAUGUUCGAUGCCAUUCAGGAGAGGCUCCAGGAGACAGUGAAGAACCCCACACAGCUCGAGGCGGCACAGCAGCUCCAGGUGUUUCUGCCGGACAAGGAGGGCGAUCAAGCUCCUCUCACUCUGGAGCGUGUCGUGGAGAUUCUGGCAGCCAUCCUCAAGCACUCACUCGACUCCUUGGCCAUUCUCUGCUUCCAUCCCACUCAGAAGCUGGCGGCACCCAUCCAGGGCCCCACACUCCCCUUUCUUCUCCAAGUGGGGAAUCGAUCCAAGGCCUCCUUCGAGCUGUACGAGAACCUGAUCCUCCUCGCCAAUUCCGCCCUAUGGCAGCUAGUGGGAGGCUCCCUUCGCACCGAGCGAAUGUCCCGCAGCCCGCUC